AAGAAAAGAAUGUUUUUUAUAUUUGUUCUAUUGAUUAGUGGACGUUGAGAAGUGCGCUGUGUAUGCUUUUGAACCAACGCUAUCGAUCUUUAAUCUCCGAUAAUGGCGAACGCGAUCAGAUUCUUCGAGCUUAACACCGGCGCUAAGAUCCCGUCGGUGGGUCUCGGAACAUGGCAAGCCUCUCCGGGCCUCGUCGGCGAUGCCGUCGCCGCCGCUGUAAAGCUCGGAUAUCGUCAUAUUGAUUGCGCUCAGAUCUACGGCAACGAAAAAGAGAUUGGGACAGUCUUGAAAAAACUGUUUGAAGAUAGUGUAGUGAAACGCGAGGAGUUGUUCAUCACUUCCAAACUCUGGUGUACUGAUCAUGACCCUCAAGAUGUGCCAGAGGCACUAAACAGAACUCUACAAGAUCUGCAGCUUGACUACGUCGAUCUGUAUCUGAUGCACUGGCCUGUACGGAUGAAGAAAGGUUCUGUUGGAGCUAAGCCAGAGAACCUUUUACCUGUAGAUAUUCCUAGCACAUGGAAAGCAAUGGAAGCACUCUAUGAUUCGGGCAAGGCACGAGCCAUAGGUGUAAGCAACUUCUCGACCAAGAAACUAAGUGAUCUCUUGGAGUCAGCUCGUGUUCCUCCAGCUGUUAAUCAGGUCGAGUGUCAUCCUUCUUGGCGACAAACUAAGCUAAGAGAGUUCUGCAAAUCCAAAGGAGUUCAUCUCACUGCAUACUCGCCAUUGGGCUCUCCAGGAACAACGUGGCUCAAGAGCGAUGUUCUGAAGAACCCUGUACUGAUUAAUGUUGCGGAGAAGCUUGGAAAGUCUCCUGCGCAAGUUGCGCUUCGCUGGGGACUCCAAAUGGGUAAUAGUGUACUUCCAAAAAGUACUAAUGAAGGUAGAAUCAAAGAGAACUUUGAAGUUUUCGAGUGGUCAAUACCUGAUGACCUGUUCGCUAAGUUUUCAGAGAUUGAACAGGCUAGGUUAUUGACUGCUUCCUUCUUUGUUCACGAGACACUGAGCCCUUACAAGUCUCUUGAAGAAAUUUGGGAUGGGGAGAUAUGAUUAUUAUAUUCAGCUGAUCUAUUUUGUUUUGUCAAUAAAUGGGAGGUUUCUCUCUGUGUUGAACUUUUCAGUUUGCUCCUGAAUGUUACAGAAAAGGAAUGCCACUCAAAUAAUUUACAGCUUCUUAUUAUUUUGAA